GUUUGACUUGAUUCAAGCUUCGAUCUAAAUCCCCACUCGGUUUAUCUCCUUAUUUUCUUCUGUCAUCCUAGAGGCACCAAUCAGCCAUGGCGGAGUCAGGUAGUAACAAGAGCCAUGCAGAAAAUAAACAAAGCAACUUCAUGGUGGACUUCCUGAUGGGUGGCACCGCCGCAGCCAUCUCCAAGACAGCCGCAGCUCCCAUUGAGCGCGUCAAGCUGCUCAUGCAGAACCAGGGCGCGAUGCUCGCGAACGGGCGGCUCGACCGGCCCUACGCGGGCAUCCUCGACUGCUUCAAGCGGACGUACACCAACGAGGGUCUCUAUAGCUUCUGGCGUGGCAACAGCACGAACAUCAUCCGCUACUUCCCGACGCAGGCGCUCAACUUUGCGUUCAAGGACACGUUCAAAGCGAUGUUCGGGUUCAAACGCCAGGAGGGAUUCGCGCUCUGGGUGGCGGGCAAUGUCGCCAGCGGCGCCGCGGCCGGCGCAGCAUCAUCGGUUUUCGUCUAUUCACUUGACUAUGCGAGGACGCGCCUGGCAGCGGACGCCAAGUCGGGCGGGAAGCGGGAGUUCUCCGGUCUGCUCGAUGUGUACAAGAAGACGCUCAAAUCGGACGGAAUUGUGGGCCUGUACCGCGGGUUUAUCCCGAGUGUUAUGGGCAUCUGCGUGUACAGGGGGUUCUACUUCGGUGGCUAUGACACAAUCCGUGAUGUCGUCCUCAUUGGGCCACUCCAGGGCAACUUCCUCGCGAGCUUCGCGGUGGGAUGGCUCUGUACGACCGGCGCGGCGCUCGCUUCGUACCCGCUUGACACCGUCCGCAGGCGGAUGAUGAUGACUUCGGGGACAAAGGUGCACUAUAAGUCGACGGUAGACGCCUUCCGACAGAUCGUAGCCAAAGAGGGCGCUAAGGCCCUAUUCUCGGGGGCGGGCGCGAAUAUCCUGCGUGGGGUGGCGUCAGCGGGUGUGCUCGCGCUGUAUGAUCAGUUCCAAUUAAUUAUGUACGGCACUGUGUACAAGGCGGGGUCGGGCUAG